GCAGUGCAUUCUACUGUAUGAAAGAUGUGUCCUGGCUGCCAUCCUUAAUCCAAACUGCGGGGCAGUAUUACGACGAAGCCACUUGUAGACUACCUGGCCGAAGAAGAAGUAGGACAACAGUCUCUUCCUUGUUUCUUUUACGGACAAAUAUGCGGUUCCGUUUCUGUGGAGACUUGGAUUGCCCUGACUGGGUACUUGCCGAAAUCAGCACAUUAGCAAAACUCUCCAGUGUCAAGGUGAAACUCCUCUGUGCACAAGUGCUGAAGGAUUUGCUUGGGGAGGGCAUUGAUUAUGACAAAGUUACAAAGCUCACUGCAGAUGCAAAAUUUGAGAGUGGAGACAUCAAAGCGAGUGUGGCAGUGCUCAGCUUCAUUCUCUCCAGUGCAGCAAAACAUGAUGUUGACAGUGAAUCUCUGUCCAGCGAGCUGCAGCAGCUUGGUCUACCAAAAGAACACACCACCGGACUGUGCAAAUCAUACGAAGACAAACUCUCCGCACUGCAAGACAAACUAAGAGAGACGAGUCUGAGAUUGGGUCGACUAGACAGCGUUUCCUGGCGAGUCGACUAUGUUCUGAGCUCCAGUGAACUGCAAGAAGUAAAUGAACCCGUUGUUCAGCUAAAAUUACAGACGCGAGAUGCCGAGUCUGACUCUGCAAAGACAACUGUCUUCAAUGUCUCUGCAGACAAGUUCAGAGUCUUGCUUGCCGAGCUCAAACAAGCCCAGGCUAUGAUGGAUGCACUAUAAUGAAGAAUGGACAAUUUCUGAUCAAGAGCUGGAUGAACAAACGAUGUUGCCAAAAGUGCCAUACUCCCAUGAUUCACAGUGAAAAAUUAGAAUUGAAUUUCGUCAUGUCAGAAUGAAAUGAAAUGCCCAUUUCUAUCUUGGAUCGAUUGAUAUAUGUUUGCACUUUUAUUCCACAUUUAAUGACUAGUUGACACGUGUCCAGACUCACUGAAGAAAAAAAUAAAACAUCUAUAUUACUGUAUUUAUACUUAUUAAAAUGUUGAUUGUAUGACUGUAUUAACACGUUUUGAAUUAUGUUUUGGAACUUUGUGUUUACCUAGAUAUUCUCACAAAUAAACAAAACGUGAACCACA